UCACACGCUUUGUUUUGGUACCAGCCCCUCUAUUACGAAGCUGUAGCCUGCCACUGGUUCCUUCUGUACUUUGACACUUGCAGAAUAACAAGAAGGGAAAUCUCUCGUUGGACUUGGUUCAUCUUUCUGCUUCAUUUUCACCCUGUUGUAUCUGUCAUGGCGGAAGAAAAUCUGUCCGUGGUGCUGCACGCACAGGGAGACCUCCGGCUGGAAAAUCGCCCCAUCCCAGAGCCAGGACCCAAUGAGGUUUUGCUUCAGAUGCAUUCAGUAGGAAUCUGUGGAUCAGAUGUUCACUACUGGCAGCACGGCCGUAUUGGGGACUAUGUCCUCACCAAACCAAUGGUGUUAGGGCACGAGGCGGCAGGGCGAGUGGUGAAGGUUGGAUCAGCAGUCAAGCAGCUUAAAGUAGGUGACAGAGUGGCCAUUGAGCCAGGCGUGCCCCGCGAGAUGGACGAGUUCUUCAAAAAUGGACGUUAUAACUUGUCUCCGACCAUCUUCUUCUGCGCCACGCCUCCCGACGAUGGCAAUCUCUGCCAAUACUAUAAGCACAGUGCCAGCUUCUGUUACAAGUUGCCCGAUAAUGUGACAUUUGAAGAGGGAGCUCUAAUCGAACCUCUGUCUGUGGGGAUCCACGCCUGUCGCCGAGCCGGUGUAACUCUCGGCACAACCGUGCUCAUCUGUGGUGCAGGGCCUAUUGGGUUAGUCUGCUUGCUUGUGGCCAAGGCGAUGGGGGCCUCGCAGGUCGUCAUCACCGAUCUGUUUCCCGAGCGUCUGAAAAUGGCCAAAGAGUUGGGCGCAGACUUCCAGCUGACGGUGAAGAGAGGAGACGCACCCCAGCAGCUGGCCAAGAGUGUAGCGGACAAGCUGGGCGCUCAGCCUCACGUCACUAUUGAGUGCUCUGGUGUGGAGAGCAGCAUUCAAACGGCCAUCUAUGCCACACGUGCAGGUGGUGUGGUGACGUUGGUGGGUCUCGGCUCCGAGAUGGCCACCAUUCCUCUGAUCGAUGCUGCCUUAAGAGAAGUGGACAUCCGAGGAGUUUUUCGCUACUGCAACACCUGGCCGAUGGCCAUAGCCAUGUUGGCGUCAGGUAAAGUGGACGUGAAGCCCCUCGUGACCCACCGUUUCCCCCUGGAGCAGGCAGUCCAGGCCUUUGAAACCACACGUCAGGGUCUCGGGAUAAAGGUCAUGUUAAAGUGUGACCAGCACGACCAGAAGCCCUGAUCUCUCCUGCUGCCGUGAAACAAACCUGACCUGAGUGACUCAGCACGACAAUCAGACAUGAACACAAGCUGGACAUUGACCAGUAAAUUGGCCGGUUCAAAGAGACACAAUAAUAACCACUGUAAAUUGACUGCCGUGUUGCUUGCAUGUCAGAGAUGUAAUUAGCAUCAAAUGGUACGAUAAAUGAUUUUUAUAAUGCUCAACUUUGUUGUAUAACCAACAUUUUAAUAAUUGUAUAUAAUUUGGGUUAGUUUCAAAUUUAUAAUAUUUUUACAUAUGGCUACUAUAGGGAAAGAAAAUCAUUAAACAAUAAUAUAAAAUAAAAAUGUUAGAUGGCUUUUUGUAUUUAAUUUUCAUAGAGCCUAUACUAUCUAAUUGCUGACACUAGGGGGAACUAGAGGUUAAAGUGAAAACGUAUAGCAGGGUAUUUUGUCCCAAUUCUAUGCUACAUGCUAUUAGUACAUAUUAUGUACUAUAUACUGUAUUCAUAAUCCAUUUAAAGUAUACUACUUUGCAAUUAGAAAACAAGAAAUCAUACUUUACCAUUUUAUACCAACAGGAAUAUAAAUCAAAUUGCUUCUUCAGAAUGCCACUGCUAAAUAAACUUCACAGAAAUGAAA